GUACAGGGCAAAGCGCCACUCUAAAGAAAUGACAGGGGAAAGCCGGCGAUGUCGAUGCCAAUUUGGUCUGAAAUGCAAGUUUCUCUUCCUGACGGUAUUGGUGGUAGCUUAUGUUGUCGGCGGAGCGUGGGUUUUUGCGCUGAUUGAGAACCCCAAUCAGGAACGCCAGGAGGCCGACAUCCAGGUAACGAAGGAGAGACUGCUAAGCAACCUUACCAGUCUUCUCGAUCCCAACCGAGAAAACGCGACGAUAGAGAUGAUUAUACGGGUAGACGAAUUUGAAGCCUUAUUAUUCAAGAAGUUCAAAUCAGGUGGAACUCCGUCGGGCAAAUCGGUGCCUUGGGAUUGGACGUCUGGUUGUUUCUUCUGCAUGACUGUCCUGACAACAAUAGGCUACGGAACUAUGGUUCCCGUAACUCAGACUGGCAAAAUCGUCUGCAUAUUCUACGCCAUAUUCGGAAUUCCACUGUUUCUCAUUUUCCUGGCCAAACUUGGCGAUAUCUUGGUGAACGCUAUUCGCAAAUGCCAUCGUACAUGCUGUAAAAGAAAGUCUAAAAAAGGCCCUGGAAUGACCAUGAAGUAUAUGUCAGGUAAAGGACAGAAACAUCAUAAUAGCGCCGCCGACGAUGAAUAUGAGAACGAAAAUGCCGAUAUUCCCAUUAGUCCCUUUAUUGUUGUCUACACGAUCUACUUGUUCGCUGGCGCAGGGAUCUUUUACUACACACAGGAUAGCUGGGAGUUUGUAGACGCAAUAUACUUCAUCAUUUGCACCUUCACAACAAUCGGUUUUGGGGAUAUGGUGCCCGCUUACGGAGACGGGUCCAGCGGAGGGAUUUCCACUAUCACAGAUCUCACCAAAGAUCUUGCGAAGAACUUGGAAUUCACGCAAGAUUUAAAUCUAAACAUUAGCUCCAGGGAUAUGGAAGCUAUCCGCCACGCAGAUUUCGCUCUUUUAAUCUGGUACAUUAUCAUUGGUAUGGUGAUCAUGUCGUGCAUUUUUAAUCUGCUUCUCGUUAAACUUCGCAAACUCAGUCACGUGCUGUCCACGAAGAAGCACUCGAGGAGGGAUAGAUUCGCCUUAAACUCGGACACAUUCUACGAUGGUCCAACCAAGAAAGGAUCCAAUCAACAUGAAGGCGAAAUCCGAAAAGUAGAACUCUGCUAG